AUUGCGUGUCCAACAAGCCCCACCUCUUCCUCCGUCCUCUCCUUCUCUAUCAUCUUGUCCGAGAAGCUAUAGUCCAGAAAGAGAGAGAAUGGAGCUCCAAAACCCUAGUAAUGGCGACCCUCCGAGCUCCGAGCUCGCAGACCCCAGCCAUGGCGAACACCACCUCGACCCUCCCCUCUACCCUCCGGACGACGUCGACAGCUCCUGCUCCACCCCCUACGUUAGCGCCCCCUCCAGCCCCGGCCGGGGCGGCGUCACCGGCGGUUACUUCUUUAGCGCCCCUACUAGCCCCAUGCACUUCGUCCUCUCCUCCAAUGCCGGCGGCGGAGGCGGUUUCCCUCCCGACUCCCCCGACGCCUCCGUCGCCGGCUCCUUUGAGUUCGAAUUCUCCGCCCGAUUCCCCUUCUCCGCCACCUCUGCUGCUGGAUCCAUGACCUCCGCUGACGAGCUCUUUCUCAACGGCCAGAUCCGCCCCAUGAAGCUCUCCUCCCACCUCCAGCGGCCCCAAGUCCUCGCCCCCCUCCUCGAUCUCAACGAAGAAGAAGACGACGACGAUGAAUCCGAGCGUCACCUGCCGGAAAUGGCAGCGAGAGGGCGGGAUCUGAAGCUCCGGAGCCGAUCGAUCCGCCGGAGGGCCAGAUCCCAUUCCCCGCUUCGGAACGCGCCGCUCCACUGGCAAGUGGAGGUCGAAGAACGAGAAGAUAGAGCGAAAGAUGUAGAGCCGGUUCCAGAUCUGAAGCAGCUCGAGGCGGAGGCGGCCACUCCAUCCGUCUCGGUCUCGUCCUCCCGGUCCUCGUCCACGUCCUCCUCCUCCUCCUCCUCCUCUGGAAGGACCUCCAAGAAGUGGAUCUUCCUCAAAGAUCUCCUCUAUAGAAGCAAGAGCGAAGGAAGAGAGAGAGGAAACACCAAAGAGAAGUUCUGGCACUCGAUCUCUUUCUCCCAAUCCAAAUCCAAGUCCAAACCUCCGCCGCCGACUCCUCCUCCCUGCGCCUCCACCGCCGCUUCCACCCCCUCUUCUUCCUCCAACUCGGAGGCGGAGAAGGGGAAAUCCAAGGAUCCACCACCCUCGUCCGGCGGGUCUUCAAAGAGAACGGCGGCGAAGCCGGUGAACGGGGUGGGGCGGCGAAGGGUGCCGGCGCCAUCACCGCACGAGCGGCACUACACGGCGAACCGGGCGCAGGCGGAGGAGAUGCGGCGGAAGACGUUCUUGCCGUACCGCCAGGGCCUCCUCGGCUGCCUGGGCUUCAGUUCCCGCAGCUAUGGCGCCAUUAACGGCUUCGCCCGUUCCCUUCACCCCGUCUCUUCCGGGUAAGCCACGCCGUCUUUCUUCCGUUAUUCCCCCAUCUUUCACCCCACCCAAAAAAAAAAAAAAAAAAUGUGAAUACUUUCUUAUUUUUCUUUUUUCUUUCUGAGUAGAAUUACUGGUGUAAUCCCCUAUGUGGUUCUGAAAAGACGAGAUUAAUAUCGAUUUUUAUUAUUAUUUUUAUCAAUAA